GGUGUCUUGCCCAUGUCGUCCUCCCCUGCUGCUGCGGAUAUACAUGCCCACCCAGUCUCGUCGAGCAUGGAGAUCGCUAUGUCUGAGAUUGGAGAUGUAGCUUUGGUGGGCCGCCAACGGAGCGGGCCGAAGGACGAGGAAAUGACACGGCCCUUGUCUCAAGGAGAUCGCGAGGGAUUCGACUCGUUGCCGAUUGCGAGCGAGGUUCGCAGCAAGUGGAAGAUAUGUGCAAUCAUGAUUGCGCUCGCGGUAAGGGGAAUCCACCAACGCUGACGCGGAUAAGACGGGGCCAUUGUCUGGGUAGAUCAUACAAGGACUACUGACGAUUCACCGACUGACUCACAUCUCUCUCUCCAGCUCGGGAUGUUUGUCGCUGCCCUCGAUCAAACGAUUGUGGCUACUGCGACCCCCACAAUCUCCGCGGAGCUGCACUCGGCCGCCGGCUAUGUCUGGAUCGGCGGCGCCUAUCUUCUGGCCAACGCUGCCAGCUCCAAUAUUUGGGUCAAUCUGUCGGAUAUUUGGGGCCGCAAGCCCAUUCUGCUGGCGGCAGUCGCGCUUUUCUUUGGAUCCUCGAUCAUAUGUGCAAUGGCGGUCAACAUGCCCAUGCUGAUAGCUGGCCGUGGGCUUCAGGGCGUCGCCGGUGGCGGCCUCCUCCAGCUGGUCAUCGUCGCCAUUUCAGAUCUGUUCAGUGUUCGACUUCGCAGUCUGUUCAUGGGCCUGAUGGAGUUUAUUUGGGCCAUUGCGGGCGCCCUGGGUCCCAUCGUUGGUGGUGCCUUGACCCAGUCGGUUUCAUGGCGGUGGGUUUUCUGGAUCAAUCUACCCGUCUGCGGUGUGGCCUUCAUUCUGCUCCUCGUAUUUUUGGAUGUACACAACCCCAGAACCUCCGUCAUCGAUGGUAUCAAAGCAGUCGACUGGUGGGGCAGUUUUGCCAUUCUCGCCCUGACGGUCAUGCUCCUGCUGGGCUUGGACUUUGGAGGGAACACCUUCCCCUGGAGCUCGGCUAAGGUCAUCUGUCUGAUUGUCUUUGGCGCGCUGAUGUCGCUCGUGUUUAUUUACUGCGAGAAACGCCUUGCAAAGUACCCGCUGAUGCCGUUGGGGAUCUUCAAAACUCGAUCCAACAUCGCCUGCUUCCUGGUCGAUUUUACCCAUGGGGUUGCCUACAUAGGAAUGGAGUAUUACCUCCCUCUCUAUUUUCAGUCGGUCCAGAUGGCCUCCCCGUUUCGCUCUGGUCUUCUUCUUCUCCCCUUCAUUUUAACCGAAGCCUUGCUGAGCCUCGCUGCGGGGCUCAUCAUCCACGCCACCGGUCACUAUCUGGAGGUUAUCUGGAUCGGCAUGACGCUUGUCGUCCUGGGAGCCGGACUUCUCAUUGACUACGGCAUUGACACCUCCCUGGGGAAGAUCAUCGGAUAUCAGAUGGUGGCCGGCUCGGGCUGUGGGCUUCUCUUCACCCCGCCACUUAUCGCCCUCCAGAGUGGCAUCAAGCAGAGUGAAACGGCCAGCGCCACGGCGACCUUCGGCUUUAUCCGCAACGUGGCCAUGGCGCUGUCUGUGGUCAUCGGCGGAGUGGUCUUCCAGAACGGCAUGAACACGCAGCAAUCCAGCCUCCGCAGGGCCGGCCUUUCCCCGUCCUUGAUGGCGGAGUUCACGGGAGCCGAAGCCGCCGCCAACGUGGUGUCGAUCCAUGCGGUCAAGGAUCCCCAGCAGCGACAGGCUGUCACGAGCGCCUUUGCCUGGGGUCUGCGCAAUAUGUGGAUUCUAUACACCGCUCUGGCCGCAUGUGGACUGAUCGCCAGUGUUUUCAUUCAACGCCAGCAUCUCAGCCAAGAACACGUUGAAACGAAGACUGGACUGAAGGAGAAGGAGGCAUCUGCAGUUUCCAACGUCCCCCUUGAUUCUGGUUUGCCUAGCACCUAAAGUCAGGGUCCACCUGCUUCACGUCUUAUCGAACUUGGUGACAGAUCAUAGUACACCUCAGUUGUUCUGCAGAGGAUUAAAAUUCAUUUCGGGCAUUUCACGUACAUAUCAGACAAAAAGCUUUUCGGGAUAGUUCAAAA